AUGCUUCCCGAUGCCUCUGGAGGCCUACGGAGGCGUCUGGACACCUCCAGCAGGCUCGUGCCGCGCCUCGACGCGGGCUCGAGGGCUGCCCUCGCAUGGCGCGCCGGGCCCUCGGAGCACCCGAGAAAAGCACGAGACGGAGAAACUUUGAGCGGCGAGUAUGCCUGCGCCCUGCCCCCGCUGGCGAUCGGCGGGAAAGGGGCGGAAUGCCUCGGAGGCCUGGUCAACCUGCACGCCGCGGCCCUGGGCGCCCUCGGGCCUGGCGGGGGCGUGCCCGCGAGGUGCUCGAGCCCCGCGCGGCCGUCCGAGGACGCGCUCCGCGGGUACGACAGCGCGGACGACGGCAGCAGCAGGAGGAGACUGCCCCCGGGCCACGCCGAGCACCCCGCGAAGGUCCUCGGGCCGCGCCGCCCGCUCGACACGCCCACGACUCCGGACGGAAGGCAGCGAGAGGCGCAGGCUGCGACGGGCGGGCUUGCGCGAGGCGCCUCGGCAGGGGCCCGUGCGCGGUCCGCGUCUCCCCCCAGGGCGAGGAGCCUGGGCCCCCCGCAGUCGUGGUCCGAGGCGCCCGCGCCGCUGCGCAGCCCCUUCGCCGCCCCGGCCGAGAGCGCGGCCAGGCCGGGAGCGCUGACGCGGGCGCGCACCGCGAACUUCCCCGCCCGCCCAGAGGGCCCCGCGGCGCUGUCACGGCACAGCGCCGCACCGGAGCUCCAGCCGCGCCUUCGGCAUGCAAAGAGCCAG